AUGCCCAGACUCUGGGUAGCUGAAGGUUACCCAGGAUUAGGGCAGCAGGAUCCCUUCAGCUUGGCAGAGGCUCUGAGAAUAGAAAACCUAAGAAGCUGCAUUGCCAGCUCUGGAGACAUUAGCGUGUAUCUCGUGACCAUUGCGGGUGCCUCACGAUCAUCUGUCAUCCAAUGCAAGCCAGGAGGCAACUGCCCCAGCAGACACAGAGGCAUGACUAGGCAGCUCUCCCCUCUAUCUGUUGCUGAAGAUUCUGCUGCUCCCAUUCUUGAGCUGCAGAAUCGAAGUCCCUCGGGAAUCUGUCGGCACAGCAGAGUCGAGAGGCAGAGCAGAUCAGGAGAAGAAGGAACACAAACACAUACAGAGAGCAGCAGCCAAGAAGCUGAAGGACAGACUCGAUGCCAGUCUUGCACAUCCACAUUUCUGAAGCUUAUCUGGAGAUUUCUGAUCAUUCUGUCCGUCUCUUCCUCCUGGGUCGGGACCACGCAGUUUGUCAAAAUCACGUAUGAGACCUUUGACUGUCCUUUUUUCAUGACUUGGUUCUCAACAAACUGGAACAUUAUGGUUUUUCCCAUUUAUUAUUCUGGGCACCUUGCAACCGCACAGGAAAAGCAUUCUCCAAUCAAAAAAUUCAGGGAAUGCAGUCGGAUUUUUGGUGAAGAUGGUCUGACGCUGAAACUCUUUCUUAAAAGGACUGCUCCCUUUUCUAUUCUGUGGACUUUGACUAACUACCUGUAUUUACUGGCUUUAAAGAAGCUGACAGCCACAGACGUCUCUGCCCUAUUCUGUUGUAACAAAGCUUUUGUCUUCUUGCUUUCUUGGAUUGUGCUGAAAGACAGGUUCAUGGGAGCAAGG